UAGACUUAUCAUCAUAUAUUCAAUCCCUCUCUCUCUCUCUCUCUCUCUCUCUCUGUGUUAUGGAUUUGCUUCAAAAGUUAUUGAACAUUGUACUCCUUCCCUUAACUUUAACUGCCAUCCUUUUCUUAUUACCACCAUUUCUUUUCCUCAAGUAUCUGUUUUCUUUAAAAAGAAAUAUAUUCAGUGAGAACGUGGCUAACAAAGUUGUACUCAUCACUGGAGCAUCUGCAGGAAUUGGCGAGCAUAUUGCUUAUGAGUAUGCUAGGAGAGGUGCUAUUUUAGCCCUUGUUGCAAGACGAGAGGACCGUCUUCGAAUAGUUGCAAAUAAAGCACAAGAACUAGGAUCUCCAGAGGCUAUUGUGAUACGUGCAGAUGUUUCCAAGGAUGAAGAAUGUAAACAAUUUGUUGAUGAGACAGUGAACCACUUUGGGCGAUUGGAUCAUUUGGUGAACAAUGCUGGAGUAAUAAGAGUGGACCUUUUUGAAGAUUCAACUGACAUUGCUUCCAUUAUGGAAAUAAAUUUCUGGGGUUCAGUGUAUAGCACCCAAUAUGCAGUUCCACACCUAAGAAAAAGCAAAGGAAAGAUUGUUGUAAUUUCUUCAUCUGCAGCAUGGCUCAGUACUCCGAGAUUAAGCUUCUACAGUGCAAGCAAGGCAGCCCAAAUAUGCUUUUUUGAGUCACUGAGAGCUGAGUUUGGUCCAGAUAUUGGAAUAACCAUUGUAACUCCUGGAGUAAUUGAGUCAGAAAUGACGCAAGGCCAAUUUUUACCAAAGAUUGAAAUGCCUUGGAUGCCAGUUGAGUCAACAGAGAGGUGUGCCAAAGCAAUUGUGGACAGCACUUGCAAAGGAGACAUGUACUUGACUAAGCCAUCUUGGAUGAGGGUGGGAUUUUGGCUGAGGGUCUUAUGUCCUGAAGUUUUUGAGUGGUGUAUGCACUCAAUGUUAGUCAAUCGCCCAUGCACUCAUCAAAACAAGGACCGCUAGCUGAAAUAUUAGUGUUUUAAGCAAAUAAAUUCUAAGCAGAAUUAAUGGAGAGCUCGCUAUGAUUUAGACUGGAUCUGGAAGGCUUUAUUACUAUUUGUGCAAAUAAAAACUAUAUUGUACCAUAUAAAGAGAUUUAUGAUUAUGUUCUGACCAGAAUUUCUUUUUCUUUCUUU